GAGUGCUAAUAGCUUUAUUGGAGGAAAAGGAAGGCGAUCGAUCAUGGCCACCUCGAGCUUCAUAGUUCCUGAACUUCUAAAACAGUCAAUGGAGAACUACGAAACUUGGAGCCUUUAUAUGGAAAGAUACAUGAGAGGGAAGAAGCUUUGGGAUAUUGUGGAAAACGAAAUGUCAGGCGUUGACAAUAUAGCCCAAGUGAAGGAUAAUGCCAAAGCUCUACAUGCAAUUCUAAUUUCGUCAACACCAGAAGUUGUCUCCGAAAUUAAAACGUUACAGACAGCAAGGGAAGCAUGGUUGGAGUUGAAGGAAAGGCACGAAGAUAAAUAUAAACAAUAUAGGAUUUUGCUCAAUACCUACCAUCCUACAGGUGGCAAAUUUGAUGACGAGAGCAUAGGUAAAAAUCAAGAGCUAUACAAUGCGGCAUUACAAGGUGACUGGACAACGGCCCAGAAGACAUUGACUGCUGAUGAAUCGAAAUUAUAUGCUAAGCUUGAUCAUUUCGAGCGCAAUGUUCAUCUGGUUGCAGCUGCCGGUGGGAACACCCAAUUCCUGAAGCAACUAUUUGACAAAUAUGGAGAUCAGUGGGUACAUACGGUUCUUAGUCAAGCUGCUUGGAUGGGCAAACUAGAUAUUGCAAAGUUGGCGCUGGAGAAGAAUUCCCUAUUGUUAUCACUUACACAGGAAUCGCUUAUCCUUGCUGCACUCAGUGAUCAAAAGAAUGUGGUUUCGUAUCUCUACUCCCAAACACAUAUACAAAAAUUAAGUCAAACAUUUACUUGCACUCUUCUGGAGUCUUUGAUCCAAGCUGAUAACUUCGAUAUAGCUCUCAAGCUAACAAGGGACCACCCCAUGUUUAAAGAGGAAUUUAUCACAUCAUCUGCAAACUUGUUGAAGGAUGCCUUAAAAAUCUUGGCUGGAAGACUUCAUUCAUUUGAAAGUAGCAGCAAUAGUUGUCUUGGAUUUUGGCAAAGGCUACUGUACUCCUUAUGUUCAACAGGAUUUAAUGUCCAAGCAGAUGGGUCAAGCUUGCAGCAGGGAUUCUUUCAAGUCAAUUCCAGCAAAGUGGUCUACGGUAUAAAACAACUAUUUUGGUACAUCCUCCACAAACUAGUGCCCAAUGCCAAGAAGUUGCAUGAUAAGAAGCUGAUGCAUCAACAAGCACAUGAAUUGACCCAACAACUCUUCUGUUGCUUUCUAAAGUCGAAAGAUUUCUACCAGACCUGGGAAAUACUUGGAUCAUCACUUAUCGAGGCUGCAAAGUUUGGAAUUCUAGAGUUCUUUACCAUGGCUCAUAAAUAUCGUCCUCUUAUCUUAUUUUAUAGAGAUUAUAAUUUGAACAGUUCUUACCAUGUUGCAAUUCAAAAUCGGCAAGAAAAGAUAUUCAAAUUCUUAACCAAUUUGCCUUUUUGGAAUUCGGAAGGAUUUUUAAAGGAGGGAAGUGUAGACAAUUCUUUGCUUUUGGCCGGAAAAAUAGCACCAGCUCAUCGACUGAAAUCUAUUCCCGGAGCGGCUCUCCAGAUGCAGAGAGAAGUUCAGUGGUUUAAGACAGUGGAGCAGAGGAUGCCCCCACUUCAUAAGGGACACAAAAAUUCAGAAGGAAUGACGGCAUAUGAAUUAUUUAGCAGGGAACACAGAGAGUUAGUUGCAGAAGGAGAGAAAUGGUUGAAGGACACAGCAACGUCAUGCACACUUGUGGCUACACUUAUAAUCACAAUAACGUUUGCUGCAUUGUUUACGGUGCCAGGUGGCAAUAAAGACGAUUUGGGCACCCCAAUUUUCCUCAGAGAAGUGGCCUUCAUAGCAUUUGUGGUAUCAGAUGCAUUAGCGUUGUUCUCUUCCACAACCUCAGUCCUGAUGUUCGUUGCCAUCCUCACUUCUCGGUAUACAGAAGAGGCCUUCAUGUCUUCAUUGCCUAAAAAGUUGAUAAUUGGACUUUCCAUGCUUUUCCUCUCCCUAGCUGCCAUGAUGACAGCCUUCAGCUCUACCGUUUUUAUCAUGCUUGACGGUCAUUUCCGGUGGAUCUCCAUUCUAUUGACUCUGUUUGCUUCAGUUCCGGUGACUUUGUUUACGUUAUCCCAGCUGCCACUCUUCAUCGACAUAGUGCACUCCACAUAUUUUUUCAGUAUCCUCGAUUAAUAAUAUCGAUCGAUCUAUACUAGAUAAGUAAGUUAAUUCGAUGCAUAGUACACAGUUAAUCACUUUUAGCUUGAUUUAAGUACGUAAGUGGAUAAGAGUACACUACGUACGGAUGUAUGUGCAUGGUUGCAAUAAAGGCAAUAAGGUCCCAUUAUCGGCCGGUUAAUUUACUCCAGUGAAGGAUCCAUCUUCAACCUCUCGUACCUAUUGGAUGAGUAACAUGCUAAUUAAGUUCUUGGAUCUGUAUUCUGUUGUACUUAAUGUUUAAUUAUUAUUUAAUAAAUUCA